AUGGAAGUGAUCAUAUCACAAGCAGAUGUAGUUUCAAAAAAAGCAAAAUUUGCUUAUAGUGUUGGUCAUGUUCUAAAUGACCUUUGUGCAUCUAUGUGGUUCUCCUAUUUAAUUGUAUUUUAUCAUCGUGUUGUAAAUUUUUCAAAUGCAUCUGCUGGUUAUUUACUUUUAAUUGGUCAAAUUGCUGAUGCUAUAUCAACAACAUUUGUUGGUUUUGAAUCUGAUCGUACACGUACUGGUUUAUUUAAUUAUGGAAGACGAAAAACUUGGCAUCUUAUGGGUGUUAUUUGUGUACUUUUAUCAUUUCCAUUUUGUUUUAAUUUAUGUGUUAAAUGUGAACAUAGUGAUUUAUGGGCACAAUUUAUUUAUUAUACAAUGUUUAUUAUUAUUUUUCAAUUUGGUUGGUCAUGUUCACAAAUUACACAUUUAGCAAUGAUUAAUGAAUUAACACAUAAAGAUGAUGAACGUGUUGCUCUUAAUUCAUAUCGUUAUGCUUGGACAGUUAUAUCAAAUAUAUUUGUUUAUGCAAUUGCUAGUAUUUUAUUAGGUUUUCAUUCCACUACCGAUGAAACAGAUAUAACAUCUGCUGAUGCAUAUAUAUUUCGUACAUUAACAUUUAUUGUUAUUAUUGUUGGUGCUAUUUGUAUGCUUAUAUUUCAUAUUGGUUUACAUGAAUCUACACAACCAGCAGAAGAUAGUGAACAACGUUUACAAUUAUCAUUAACAUCUAGCGGAAGAUUAAAACGAAUGACAUGGAGAAGAUUUUUACGUGAAAAAGAAUUUUAUCAAUGUGCAUUUAUUUGGAUGUGUGCAAGAGUUAUUCUUAAUGUUACACAGGUUUUUCUACCUUUGUAUAUAAUUGAUACAAUCUCAACAAUAAAUCGUGUAUUUGUUGCUAUUGCUCCAUUAUGUUCUUAUGUUAGUGGUUUACUUGCUUCAUUUCCUAUGCGUGCAAUAAAUAAACGAUUAGGUCGAAAAGCAACUAUAAUACUUGGUUUAUUUUUUACAUUAUCUAGUACAGUUCUAUUCUGGUUUAUUAGUGAUCUGAAAGAUAAUCUACAUAUUAAAAUCGCAUUAAUAUCAGCUUGUAUUUUACUUGGUAUUGGUACAUCAACAACAAAUAUUUGUUCAUUUUCAUUAACAUCUGAUUUAAUUGGUUUAAAUACAGAAUGUGGUGCAUUCGUCUAUGGAAUAAUGUCAUUUACAGAUAAACUUGCUAAUGGUAUAGUUAUUGCUAUUAUCCAACAAUUUAAUCCAUGUACAUUAGCUUCAACAACUAUAUGUGCAUCAUAUUAUAGAUAUAUAUUAACAUUUAUACCAAUUGGUGUUGCAAUUUUAACAAUUCUAAUGACAUUAACAUUGUGGAAAACAAAUAUAGGUGGAAAUCGUCAUGAAUUGGAAGAUGAUGAACAAAAUAAUAUCGAUACAACAAAUGAAAAUGAACAUGAUGAACGGACACCAUUAAUAACUUGA